GAUGUAAAAGCCACUGAACAGAUUCAAAAGCUUCGAUUCACUGGGUUGAAUCAAAAUCCCUAGUACCGCUAACAAACACCUGUCAACCAUCAGAGUAACUGAUGAGUUUACGUUAGGUAAAGUUUGAGAGUUCUUUAUUUUUAUUUGUUGGUCGGAGGGCCAACCUAAAGAACAAAUACUCUAAAAUGGUACGUCCACUUUGCCAAGAUCGUAAAAACAAAAUCAAACCGCUGAAGGGAAACGCCAUUGGCCUCAAUCUGCUGGCAAAGCGAACAAUACUGACUGACCAGCCUCACUCAACGGUCAACACUAAAAGCAAAGCUCAACCUUACACACGAUGUUUUGAACAACCACUCAAACGCUUCAACUUCGCGCUGCAGUACAGUUGGAGGAGCGACACAAGGAAACCUCUUACCAACAGUCAUUCUGUAGAUGCGUUGUCCAGUAAUGCAGACGAGGAGACCAUAGAUACAGUGGCAGACAGCUUGAUGGAUACAGAAUAUGAAGAUAUUUUUUCAUCUGUUGACACAGAUGCUUUUGUGGAUCACAAGAAAAGCACUUUUAAGGAAUUUAUUGAUGACUCGUGUCCAGAAACACAACUCCAACGAAAAUAUCGAAUGAGAGAUGAGUUUGGAAACAUCGUCCGCCGUGUCAGAGUUACAAAGAAACAUGUUGCACAGACAAUGAACAGUCUUACGCUCAACAUGAGAUGUUUUAAAGUUGGAACGCUGACCAAGACAAUCGGAAGAUCUGAUGCUCUGACCGCCCAAUGCACCUUUACAGUGGAUUACAUUGAGAUUGCAAAUGAAGGACGAAUAGAAGCAUCAAAUGUGAUCGCUUGUGAAUGGUGCACCGUGAAGAAGCUGCCGGCCCUGUUUCUACACACAACACCUGAGAUAUGCCUUCACCUGCAGGUCCAGCUUGACAUGUUUGAAGAUGAUUCAAGUGUGUGGUGUGACUGCCAGAGCAGGAGUGAGUCGCAAAUAUGA